CUACAUCAAGCAUGCUACCAUGGAUUUACGGAGGUGAUCAUGGAAUUGCUAGAAGCUGGAGCUGAUGUUAACAUCAGAGGUCGAGACAGAGAACUGCCCCUUCAUUUAGCUGUUUCUGGUUCUAAUUACGAGGCAGUCAAGCUUCUUCUCGAGUAUGGUUCUAACCCUUGUGUCAAGGAUGGAUUUGGGAAAAGUGCCUUAGACCUGGCCACUGAUGAUAGAAUCAAAGAAAUACUUCUCUUGUACUGGGAUUCUGAAGAAGAAACAAUAGCUGAAAGAGUGAAAAGCUCAAGGCGGAAAAAUGGUGCAACUGAUUUAGGACCCAUUCAGCCCAAAAGGAGAAAGAAAAGUUCAAGAGGAAAGGCAAAUGAGACUCCCUGCAAUUUCUACAUGGUAUGCAAGAUAACUGAACCUGCAGAUAGUCUAUGUGAAGCAAGAAACCAAUGUGAAGAAGGAAAAUCAGAGGCUGUGCAAACUGUACAGAAUAAUGACAGCCAUGAUUUACUACAACUUCCAGCAGGUAGCAAUGGAGUGAAGUACAGGGAGAAGAUUGAAGCAGAGGAGGCUCAACAAGACCUGCAAAUGGAAGAUGGAGUCAGAAACGACUGUAGUAUUGUCUUAAAUCCAGCAGAUGAUAAUGUAUCCAUUGAGUCAAAGAACAAAUUAAGAAGAAAUGAUAAUCCCUGUGCUUUCUUUGGGGAAUGUGAGAUAAUCGAAGCUGAAAAUAAUUUGUGGGAGGAAGAAAGAAAGACAGUACAGACUAGUAAUUCCUCUGCAGACUUACUGCAACCUGCAGGAGAUGGUAAUAAAGUAAUUGCGUUUGGAAGAUCAACACUAAUCCAGCACAAAAAUUCAGGUCCUGACUCUGCUUUGAAGGGCAGAGAGGUAGCGGGUACUCAUAACGAAAUUCCAAUGCAAGUUGAUAAAAAGGAGUUAAUCAUUUCCUGUACUUCUGCAGUUAGUAGUGGAUCUAAUGUCCUUGAAGAAUUGACAGAAUGUACAAACCCAAGUUCAAAAGAUAUGACUAAAUGGGGAGCGGAAACAGUGCUUGAAAACAUUGAUGAGAGCAACAUUUCAUUGAAUGUGUCUCGCCAAAAUAGGACUGGAUUUAACAAAAUUCAAGCAUGUGUGUCAGUCUAUGAGGGAUCAACUGUGGCUGAAUCUGAAAAGUUCAGUGAUAGUAGCACACCGUCUUUGUUAAUGGAAGCUGAAGUGAAUCAAAGUGAAUGCAGCAUUCCAUUGCCUGCUACCCAAAUUAAUAGCAAUGCUUUACUGGGUAUUCCCGAGGCUUUUUCUGCCUCAGACUGCAGUGAAAGAGAUAGCUUCAGUGUUCUAGAGAGGGUAUCAGACUUAAAGGAGCUAAAUUGCGAUCCUCAGUCUACGUUUAGUUCGGAGAAGGUGGGAUCCAUCCAACAGUGUUCUCCAAAACAAAGCAAUGGAACCAGCAGCAACAGAAAGGAGAUACAGGAGGAGGAUGCUCAACUUAAUGUAAGUGACUACAGCACUUCAUCCUCUUGUGCACAAAUAAGCAGCAACGAAUAUAUUCAGCAUGGAAACAACAGACAGUCCCCAAUGAAUGAAGAAAGUGAAAGACCCACAACCAAAUCAACGUCCAUUCAAGGACAGAGUAUGGAAAGUCAUCACCCAGAUAAUAUUUUCCAAACCACUAUAAUUAAAGAGAGCAGUAAAACAGAUGUAUUGGGUUCAGUAGGGGAGGAGUCAAACUUAAUGAAGUUGAAUGGUAAUCCUCAGCCUACUCUUAAUUUGGAGAAGGCUGAGUUCAGUCAGCAGUGCUCUCCAGAGAUAAGCAACAUGUGCAGAAUUAAGGAUAAGGAACUAAGCGAGGAAGCCAGUGGCACUAGCAAACAGGAGCUAGCAAUGUUAAAAAUGUUACCAACGUGUACAAGCAUGGCCACAAAAGAGCAAGGAUCAGAAUUAGAAACUAAAAUCAUCUUGCAAAGUAAAAUGCAAACUGCCAAUGUGGUGCCAGAAAGCAGAAUGGAUUCAAUAGAAUGUGUAGAUCAGCUAUGUGUGAAAACUGGCAAUACCAGUGGUUGUGAAAGCAACAUCAGAGUAGAUUUGGUCAAUCAAAAACAAUGCAGUAGCGCUCAGUCAGAAAACUUGGGGGUCACAAAUGUUAACAAAAUGCACACUGAAGAGGUAUCAAGGGUUGAAACCAACACUGAUAUCAUUGGAGAUGUGUGUGUAAGUGAUGCUGGUAAGAGGCAAGACAAUGUUGUACUGGGUCUUAAAAUUGAUGGAAACAUGUUAACAUCAAACAGUAGUUGUGUAAGUAAUAAUAAACUGCAAGCCACACCUGUAGCUGUUGAGGCCAGCACAUCAGGGCCAGAAGAAGGUAAAGAAGAAAGAAACAGCACAACUGAUUCAGAUUGCACAGUGAUUUCAGAGUUUGACCCUGCUGAUGUUGAGAAUCCUGAUAUCAUGGAAGCUGUGGCAAAGAAAACAAGCCGUCUUCAACAGCAAGUAAAUCCUGCUUUUGGCAAUGCUGCAAAAAACAUAGGCAGUUCAGCUGUCAAUGAAGAAAAUGAUGAAAGAAAAAUUACAAAUAAGGAAACAGUUCCAGACCAAAGGGAAAAUCACUCAAAGCCAAAAGAACUAUCCAAAGCAGAUGACAAGGAAUCUGUUUCAGCAGAUGAAAUAUUGUAUGACAAACCAGAAGAUACAAGGGUUCCAUGUACUUCAGGAGCCAGCAAACAGUUCCCAGCUUCUUUACCUGUGCCCAUCAGCAGUGUUCACAAGAGAAAUUCAAUGGGAGAAACUCGACUGCACCUGGCUGCCAAGAAGGGGGACUUGUCUUUGACUAGAUCCUUAAUAGAGGCUGGAGUGAAGGUUAACCAAGCAGAUUAUGCAGGGUGGACAGCUCUGCAUGAAGCAAGUUUCAGGGGAUUUACGGCUGUGAUGAAGGAACUACUGAAAGCUGGAGCUGAUGUUAACAUAAGAGGGCUAGAGAGUGUCUUACCGAUACAUGAUGCAGUUUCCGCCUGUCACUAUGAGGCCGUGAAGCUGCUUCUCCAGUAUGGUGCUAAUCCGCAUGAUAAGGAUGGAGUUGGAAAAUGUGCCCUGGACCAGGCCAAAGAUGAUAAGAUCAAAGAACUGCUUCUGCCCUUCUCUGCUUCUUCGGCAAUAUAUGUUGAGAAGUCUCCAAUAGCAACUGUCUUAGAAACUGAAACAAGGGUGAGAAAGGCACCUGUGAAAUGUGUCUGUUGUAAAAGUGAUAAGAAGCCCCAUAGAACUCAAUUUGUGAAGGAUGGAGAUAGCCACUGUACAGAUGAAACCAUUACAACACUUUUAGAUGAUGUAGAAGACAAACAGAAGAAAAUGUCACAAUGGGAAUUUAAGGAACUGGAAGAUACAGGCAAGUACCGUGAACAAUUUUUGCAGAUGCAAGUUGUUCUAAAUGAAGUGCUUAUCAAGCAAAAAGCAGAAAAGGAUGAUCUUGCAAAAAAGUACAGGAUAUCAUCAGAUUCAUUCAAGCAAGGAAUUUUAAGACAGCGUCUGACAUCACUGGCCAACCGACAAAAAAGGCUUUUAAAGGUGCUGCAGAAACAGGAUGAACUAAAGCAGAACAUACAGACCCAAAGAAACACCCUUUUUAAUAUGCAGAGUAACAUAACCCAAACCAUACGCAUAACCCAAGCCAGUGAAAAUGCAACUGUAACAGAUAUUACUGCCGGCUGCCACCAAGAUCCUAUUGUAUUGAAAGGAAGAGUGGAGGGAGCAAGAAGUCUUGUAGAGGUUGCCUCUGAGGAGACUGCUUCUACAAGCACAGCCUCUAGUCCUCAUCAGGACAGGACGCACAUCCUGGAGGGCCAUUGCUUUUCAAUGCCAUCUAGCCCAGACUCUGGAUCACAGGCCUCAAGUGAGUUAGCAGAAACCUUAUCUUCAGCAAGCAGUGAAACAGCUACUCAUGGAAUAAAAUCAUACCAUGCAACUGAUUGUGACAUUGCUGGGUCUGAACCCAGCUGCAUAUCAAGACCACCGUUUUCUGCUGAUUUUAUCAGUAGACACUUACAAAUUGAGCACUCAUACUCCAAAUUCAAUUCUCAGACAACUUUGUCUGAACAUAUCACAAGCUCAUCUGAUCAGAAAAAAAAUAAAAGUAUCAAUAACAACCAAUACAGACCAAAUAUACAAACAACCCUACAAAAUACAAGGGAAGACAACAGUAACAUUCAUGAUAUGCCUCUGUCCAGUUAUUCUCAGGAGAAAGCUCAAGCAGGCUUAAUUUGUCAAGGAGGUAGUCAACAAAGCAGACCACAGUCCAGCACAGCAGUUCCAGUUGUACUACAAACUGCUACUGAGAAUAAUAUUAGUCAGAAAAGCACUGCACAUAUACAAGUUAUUCAGUCUUUAGUCCAGGAUCAGGGUGCUAGCAAGAGUAAUACCAGUCAACCAGAUACCCCGCUGCAGCAAGGAGACACAGAGGAAGAAAAAAGGAAAAAACAACAGUUAAUUAAUCUUAUCAGACUCGGAGUCAUCAAGCCUGGGGAAGACGUUUUACAAGUUAACCUACAGGGCUCUUGUUAUAAAGCUGCACUUCUGCAUGAUGGAAGCAUUAAGGUUGGCAAUGGAAGUGUCUUUCACAGUCCUGUGCAAUGGAUUAAAACACUUCUUGGCAAUGACAUCCCUUUCAGCUCAACAUUUGCAUGGAGCAAGGUUACUUACAAAGGAAAGGAACUAUCAAAGUAUUUUAGUAUUGUAGAUCCAGUGAUUACAACAGAAAAGGCUCUUCCAUCCUUACAGCCAAAAACAAUGUCGGCACCUUUGCCUAAACCAGCUGUCUGUGCAGAAACAGCUUUUCAGACGAACACCAGCAAUUUCCUGGAACUUAAUGAGAUUCUCUUAAUAAGUAAUGAUGAGUUCCUCCCAUGCCACAUUAUGGAUCGACAUUGGAUUCUCUUUAUGGAAUGUGAGGACUUUGCUUUCUAACAGAGUUCAUUUCAUUUCCGCUUAAGUGAUUGAUUGUAAGAAUACAGUGGAGGGGGUUGUUUAUGUUUAGUUACAUUUUGCAUUGCCUGGAGACUGUACA